GUUGAACGUCAAGGAAUACGAAACAUACGGGUACUUCCGUUGGGCGAAAGGAAAUGGCUGCGUUUCACUUCAGACCAGGUUUUGCGCGCUUCGUAGCAUUUUAUUGAUAUGCUGCCGUAUGUUUUCAUAUAUACAUAUUUUUGGAUAAGGAGCAAACAUGUUCAAAAAAGCUAAGAGAUCCAACUUGAGACGGAGAAAUGAGUCCGACGAGGACGAGAAGGAGGAAAGCCAGCAAGUCCAGCCGCCGCUGCAGCAGCCAUGCGGGCCUUUUGGCGUUGAUGGCCCGAUGCCUGAUGCCCCCAGCACAGACCUCUUUUCUGGGGUCAGCAUCGACGUACACCACGGCAACGGGUUUCAGUCAAAGGCAAUCAAAAAGGAAAAGAGAACUCGGGAAGUAGGGGGAGCCCCAAAAGCCAGUUUACUAAGCUUUGAUGAUGAUGAAGAUGAGACUGAGGUGUUCAGAGUAAAGAAGUCCAACCACAGCAAGAAGAUUGUCAAGCAGCUGAAGAAAGAAUACAAGGAAGAUCUGGAGAAGGUGUAUGUCAAACAGGAGCCCAAUACAGAUGUAUCCCUCCCCCUGGCCUCCAUUAAGGAGGAGCCAGCCAGCGGAGCAGGCAGUGAGCAAGGAGAGGAGGAGAUGGAGGUGGACAGCACGGAGGAGCAGGAGGAGGAGAGCAAGAUGCUAAGCCACGCCUCCAAGAACCCCACCACUACUGCUUCCGGAGCCUUCUCCAACACCAGCACCCUGUCCACUCUCAGCAACCUACGACCAGGGGAGAUCCCAGACGCGGCCUUUAUCCACGCAGCCAGGAAGCGUCGUCAGAUGGCAAGGGAGCUGGGUGGUGAUGCCCCUCUGGUGGAGACCGACGCUCCCAAGAAGCGUCUUGUCCGAGAGGAGGAACAGGAGGGAGACGGGAGUGAUGAUGAAGAUGAGGAUGAGAAGAGGAUCAGCUUCAGCGGAGUUAAAAACAAGAGCCAGAGGAGCAGGAUAGCAGAGGAGAUAGGUAUAGAGGGUAGUGAUGAUGAGGCCCUGGAUACAGCAGGUCAUGAUGAGGAGGUCUCACGCUGGGAACAGGAGCAGAUACGUAAAGGAAUCAGCAUCCCUCAGGUCCAGUCCAGCCAGGCAGAGGACAACAGUAGCAGCAGUGGUGUUUACUACAGCAGCACCUACGACGCCCAGCCGUCCUACAACACCUACAGCCUUCCGUAUUCCUACAGCACUGCUGAGGACCGUGCCAAGACUAAGGUGGAGGGCUGCCCCCUGGCCUACAGCGGCCCUAGUGGUGACCUUUCACCUGUCACCACUGAGCUUGUCAAGAAACGCCUCAGAGACCGGCUGAGCCAGAUGUGUGUUGGGCACGCCGCUAAUGCUAAGCGCUACGAUCAGAUCCAGGAAGAGCUGGAUGCAGCUCAGAACACCAUAAACCGGCUCGAGGGUUCGUCCAAUGACAACGCAGAACAGUACAAAUUCUUGCAAGAGAUGCGAGGGUAUGUUCGAGACUUGCUUGAGUGUUUCAGUGAAAAGGUUCCCUGCGUGUCGGAGCUGGAGGGGGCCAUGCACCAGUUGCUAAAGCAGCGGGCCAGCCGGCUCGUCCAGCGGCGCCGGGAUGAUAUUAAAGAUGAAUCGGCGGAGUUUGCAAGCCUUUCAAAUAAGGCUGUUAUGGCCCCUAACCUCAUGUCUCCUGAUUCGUUUGGGAGAGACCGGACAAUACACCAGGAGCACGUCAGACAGAGGAGGAUCGCGGAGCGGGAGGCGCGCCGAACACGGAGGCGGCAGGCGCGGGAGCAGAAUGGAAAGAGGGCGGAGCAUAGAGAAGGUUUGUCCUCUGACGACGAGGAGACGUCGACUGACCUCACUUCCUACUGCCUAGAGCGAGAUCGUAUUGUGCGUGAGUGUAAGAAGGUGUUUGAGGAUGUGCUGGAGGACUUCCAUUCCCUGGACUGCAUCAAGGGUCGUUUUGAGGUGUGGAGGCGUCUCUACUUCCCCUGCUACAGAGACGCUUUCAUCGGACUGUGUCUCCCCAAACUAUUCAACCCCCUGGUUCGACUUCAGCUCAUCACAUGGAACCCUCUGCAGGAGAAGUGUGCCAACUUUGAGUACAUGGGCUGGUUUGAGUCGUUGCUGUUCUACGGCUGUGAAGAGCAGAGUGGGAUGAACAGAGGAGACGUUGACAUCAACCUGCUUCCCUCCAUUGUGGAGCGAGUUUUACUGCCCAAACUAGCAGUACUCGCCGAUCAGGUGUGGGAUCCUCUGUCUAGUAGCCAGACAGCCAGAUUGGUGAGCUUCCUGAGCCGACUCAUCAAGGGAUACCCUACUGUUCUCAAUGGAGACAACCGCAAUACACAGGAGUUUCUGAAGACCAUCGUGUUAAGGACCAGAAGAACUCUGGACGAUGAUGUCUUUCUACCCCUUUACCCUAAGAAUGUGUUGUGCAACAAGAACAGCGGUCCGUACCUCUUCUUCCAGAGACAGUUCUGGUCCUGUGUCAAGUUACUAGGUAACAUCCUUCAGUGGAACGGUGUGUUGUCCUACUCUACGCUGAGAGAGUUGGCUCUGGACUCCACCCUGAACCGAUACAUCCUGUCAGCCUUGCAGAGCUCAGAGCCUGGGCCCGAUAGCGUUCUCAAGUGUCAGAGGGUCGUAGAGUGUUUACCCGCCUCGUGGUUUGUGGGGUUGAAAGGUCAGCAGACCCUACCUCAGUUGGAGCCCUUCUGUCGCUACCUCUCCCACAUGGCGUCCUCUCUGCUCAGAGGCUCUCUGGGGGGCUCUGACGUCGAGAAGAGGAAUGCCAAGGAUCACAUGAAGGAGGUGGUGAAGCUGCUAGCUCGUCUCAAUGCCUUGGAUCAUGUCAUCACUGUGGCAACAGAACACGGAAUUAAGGACAUCACGCCCCUACUGGACCCCCACUGACGACGUGACGCCCUCCUACUGGACCCCCGCUGACGACGUGACGCCCCCCUACUGACGACGUGACGCCCCCCUGACCCCCACUGACGA